AUGGCAACUACCGCUGACCAAAAGACGGUCCCUGCGUCCAAGUACGACGACUAUGACUUCCCCACCACUGCCCCCGAGGCGAAACCUGGCCACCCUGGCCAUACCACGCCGGAGCAGGAUGCCAAGGUAGAGCAGCUCCGCAGCGAACUCGAGAAGGAGGGCUACACGGAAAGGCUGGAUACCUUGACUCUUCUGCGCUUCUUGCGGGCUCGGAAGUUCGAUGUUGCCGCCUCCAAGGCCAUGUUUGUCGCAACUGAGAAGUGGAGGAAGGAAUUCGGAACAGACGAUCUCGCUCGCACCUUCGAAUACGCUGAAAAGCCGGAGGUUUCUAAGUACUAUGUCCAGUUCUACCACAAGACGGACAAGGAUGGACGACCUGUCUAUAUCGAGAAACUCGGCGGUAUUGAUCUCAAUGCUUUACAGAAGGUUACCACCGACGAGCGCAUGCUGAAAAACCUUGUGACUGAAUAUGAGAAGCUUGCGGACCCUCGGUUGCCCGCUUGCUCGCGAAAGGCCGGAAAACUGCUGGAAACAUGCUGCAGUAUCAUGGAUCUGAAGGGUGCUGGUCUCAUGACCGCCCCAUCUGUGUACAACUAUCUCAGCCGCGCAUCUGGUAUCUCUCAAAACUACUACCCCGAGCGACUGGGGAAGUUGUACCUGAUCAAUGCUCCAUGGGGUUUCAGCACUGUGUUCAGCGUUGUUAAGGGCUUCCUCGACCCUGUCACUGUUGAAAAGAUCCAUGUUCUCGGCUCCGGUUACCAAACAGAGUUGUUGAAGCAGGUUCCCAAGGAGAGCCUCCCUAAGCAAUACGGUGGCACUUGUGAGUGUGAGGGAGGAUGCGAGAACAGCGACAUGGGCCCAUGGCGUGAGGCAGAAUGGGCCAAGGAGCCUAAAUGGGCUCUCCCCAAAACCCAGGAGGACCAGAACGCUAUCAAGAAUGAGGACACUGGUGUCGAAAAGAACGCCGAAGUGCCAGAGGCCGCUCCUCAACCUACUGCAUAG